UCCCGAUCAUUGGGUAUAGCUUGUGCUUACACCCCGUGCGCGCGUACCGAUUUUUCGUUGUCCAGUGAUUUUUUUUGUUUUCCUCACAGGUUCGAGAUGAAAAACUCGAGGCUGACGAUUUUGACCCUUUUUUUCGCGGCUAUUCACCUGAACUUCUCGACGACAUUGGUUCGCUGCGAAGCGCCACGCAACGCCACCGGUUCCAGUGAAUCCGUAGCCGAGAGUCACGUCGAACACGUGCAAGUGGAACGAAAGACCGGCUUCGACGGUCAAGUUCGCUCGAUCCGAUUUGGAAUCGACGGCUCUGCGAGCAAAGCGCAAGAAAUCAACGCUGACGCAACGGAAUCUGUUGUUGUUGCUGUUUCAUCAUCGGGCGACAAGGACCCGAGCGCAGCAAUGCCAGACGUCCCACCAAUGGAACCAGCAACAACCGAUCUCGGGGAUAUCCUCGAGUUGGACAAAUCGGCAGCAACCAAAGCGCCGAUAGUUCGAAGAUCCGUGGGUAAAGGUGCGUCGGGGAGAAACGAGCUCGACGACCUCGAAGCGGAGGAGGCCAAGGUCUUCCGGCCGCUGUUUGUUUACCGGAGUCAGGUGGCCAAGCGGCUGAAGACUCGGAACGGAAAAUCGGCCGGCACGGGUGUCCGGAGGAGCAAUCGGCCACACAGAUAUUUCAUCCAUCGGUAUUAAUUGCCCGCGUACGGUCGCAUAUAACAAGACACGCACAGUAUUUCUAAUUUAUGUUGAUGAUG